CUUGAGUUGAGAAUUUUGCUAGAGUAUGGUUCCUGUCGUCCGAAAAAGUCGUUUCUCCUUGGGAUUUCCGACGGAAAUAGUUCCCGCCACGGUGAGGCAGCAGCAACCUGAAAAGGGUGGCUGCGGCACAUUAGCAUGCGGGAAUGCCCACCGAAGUUCCAGGUCGUGAGUUUGCCUCGCAAUGGCCUCCCCGCUUGCCACCAUCAUUCGCCGCUCAAGUCGCAAAUGCUACAGCACAGAAAGCAGGGCAAGCCCCCCGAACGAGUGGCCACGCUAUGUACGUGUCAGUCGUCGUCCCUGCGAUGCAUAUGUCACUUGUGGGAUGUACCGCAGCAACGGCCCUGACGUCGCCGACGAAACACACGCGCAAACGCCUUCCCAAUGCAUCCGCAAGUGCAUUGUGGGGAUUCAAUGUAUACCACUCCCCCGAACUCGAUCAAGUCGGGGAGAUCGUUUUUCGUGGUAGUCGCUUCGUCAUGAUGUAGUAGGAGGAACUCGACCAACUUCAGCGGCGACGGCUCCUUCACGAAAAACUGCAGCUCGAACGCGAGCGGAUAAUGCAACUCAAUGCGUCCACGGCCGAGCAGAAACGAGUUGCGCAACGCUUGGACUACACCAAGUACCUUUACUACGCUUCCAAGUACGGGCCGUUGAACGCACUGCUGUACUGUUGCACGGACUAUCCAGGUCGGGUGUACGAGCUGCUUGUCCAACGGACGGCCCGAGUGCUUCAGCACUGGGCAACGCACUGCAUGUCGGAAUUAAAAUGCCACGCUCGAUUCCACGUGUCGCGCGCCACCGUGGCCAUGAUUUUGGACACAGCGGUCGCUACCCGACUGGCCGUGCAUACCCAGCACCACCACGCGCAUAAAUUGCGGAUGCGGAUCUUCUACCGCGUGCAGUAUCGCGUAUUUUCAGCGUGGCGGACGGAAACCGAACGGGGCAAACUCAUCACUCUGAAAUUCAAACGAGCGAUGGCGUCCACGGUGGCGAGUCGGUUCGCGACAUGGAAGGACUUGGUGGCGACACGCAACAUGGUUCGCCAAGGCAAGCUCUGUCAAGCAUCGGUCAAAGUGUUUCAGCGAGCAUUGUAUAAUCGAUUUUGGCACUGGAAAAACACCGUCGAGAAGACCAAACUCGUUCGAGCGCGAUUUACUCAAGUAUGCAGUCGCCGCACGGGCGACUGCUGGCAGCGGUGGCGGAAUUUUGCCGUGUUUGCUGGAGCGUGCAAGCCUCAAGCCACCACAGUGCAGCGGGUGUGGAAAGGACAUCGUGUGCGAGUUCAUCUCCACCGUCGAAACUGCGCUGCAACUAAGAUCCAAGCUCGCGUGCGAGGCAUUCUCGCACGUGGGUACACCGCCAGGCUGCGCGAACGGAUGCAAACGGCCGAGGUCAAACUUCGCUUCCACUUACGAAAAGAUAUGGUUCAUCGCCACGAAGCUGUCCUCAACGAAGCUCGCGCUGCGAUUGACGCAGAGAACUCGCGCCACGCUCUGGAGUUGCAAGCAAUCCAUUGUGCACGGGAGGUUGCCAAGCGCGACGCCACUGACGCACUGUCCAAGCUGCUGGGGAACGCCUAUCGAGCCAUUCUAAAAGAAAAAAUUGCCGUGCUCAAGGCCGAAUGGGGCAUGGACUCAAAGCGGGCGACAGCCAAAGCUACACAAGAAGUCAUUGAAGAGGCUGAGGCCACCGCGUCGGAUCGAGAGCGGCUUGCAUUUCGGCAACUCCAUGGAAUGCCGCCAGCGAUGUGCCCCAGGUGCCUCACGGGCUUGCCACAUCCAACUUGCCCGCAUGCGUGCGGCGAGUCCGCAGCCGAACGUAUGCAGCGCCAGACCCAAUGGAUUCGCGAUAUGCUCCAUGAUCAAGCCAUGGCGUUGGCUGCACUUGACACAAGACCGAUUUCUUAUGCCGAGCGAUAUCGAGUUCUCGCCAAGACGAACGAAACCUAACUGACCUUAAACAUGACGUUCCUGUUUCUC